UUCGGUCGUGGUCUGUGCGGCAUGUUUAGGUUUCAGCUCGGCAGCUCUGUAGCGGUGCUGCUGCUGUUGUUGCUGACGGCCGACGGGGCCAUCCCGCCGCCAGAGGAUGCGGCACGCAUGGCGCGCUUCGUGCUGCACACCUGCGACUGGGGCGCACUGGCCACGCUCUCUGCGCAGGAGGGGUUGCGUGGCUACCCCUUCGCCAACAUCUUCUCCCUCAGCGACGGCCCCCCCGGGCCGCUCAGCGGCAGCGGCAUCCCCUACUUCUACCUGACCGACAUGGAGAUCUCCGUGCAGGACCUGGAGAUCAAUUCCAGUGCCUCCUUGACUGUAUCUUUGGCGCAGACUCCUUACUGCAAGAAGCACAAAUAUGAUCCCCAGAAUCCCCUCUGUGCCCACAUCAUCUUCAGUGGGAAUGUUGUAAAGGUGAAUGAUUCAGAAGCAGGCUUAGCAAAAAAAGCAUUAUUCAGUCGCCACCCUGAGAUGGAAAGUUGGCCUAAGGAUCACAAUUGGUUCUUUGCCAAAUUCAAUAUCACCUAUAUUUGGGUCCUGGACUACUUUGGUGGAUUGAAAAUUGUGACGCCAGAAGAAUAUUACAAUAUCAAGCCUUAGUAAGUACUGAGGUUUUGCAUACUAACUCUCAUUAUAUUUAGAACCUAUAGAAAUUCUGCAUAUCAAAUUUCUAUUCUCUCUUUUUUUUAUACACAUUUAUGUGUUUUCGCUAACUAGUCUACUGGAUGCAGUGCCUGAAAUAUGUUUGAACAGGAGAUCCACUUACUUAACAAUAUCAAGUAUAGUAUCUAAAGAACUAUCUAUGGCUAACUGCACUUGUACCUUGGCUUAAAAAACAGUUUCUUGGGAGGAAGGACUCUUAUAGAAUGGGCACAGUUGUCUCCUUUUUGAGUUAAUUGAAAGAUGAUGUUUUGGUAAAAGUAGUGAGACUAUUCAGCACUUACGAAGCUAUAUUAAUGGGAUUGCAGCAAUAUUGCUUUAUGUUUUUUAAAAAAUGCUUUUGAAUCUAUCAUUACGAUGUUCAGGUAUAGAGAAAUGGUGUUCUAUUGUCUACAUAAAAAUAAGUCAUUAAAAAUUUCAAAUACAUUUUAGCACAGUAAACACACAAUUCAGUUUCACUCUUACUCCUUGUAGGUGGAAGAAGAUCCUUGCUGAUGCUGAUACACAGAUGAAUUACCUGAGUUGUUUCAUGAAAGAUUUAUUUUUUAAUAUGUGUUGUACAGCUGAAUUAAUAAUAAAAAAAAUCACUCUGCUCUGUUAAUGAGCUUGUAUAGUCCUUCUGAAGUAAUGUGAAUUCUCACUAACUAGCACAGCUUGAAUCAUGUCAUACUCAGAAACCUUUGUGCAUAAGUCAUAACUAAAUCUUAUUCACUAGACAUGCUUCUGGAAAGAUAUCUGUCUGACAGUCUGCAUUCAGAAACUCUGUUUACUGGAAAAUACAGGAUUAGUCUAGUUCUAAAUCUCUCAAUGCCUUAGUUAAAGAAUAGUGGUUUGUGAGCAUUUCCAAUUUUUUUUUGUUUUUAAUACCAGUUUAGUUUAGAUCUUUAUGGCAAAGUACUACAGUAUGGCUCAGCUGACUGUGGAAUGGAAAGCAUUGCUUGUAUUACAAUGGCAAAGAUAUGCUGAGUUUCCAAUUUCUGUUAAUAAAUUUCUUUGCACACUAAUACAUUCACUUGUUUGAGCCAUUGUUCUAUUUUGUUACAUAUAUUGAAUGUGCUAUAGAAUAUGACUUGUGUUUAUAUAAACUCUAUGUAUACCUCAGGAUUAAGUUCUUGGUAACUCUUAGCAGGCAGUGGUUAUGUGCCCUGACUCUUUAAUGGAAGCAGGGUGUGGCAAUACCUAAAGUAUCUGUCUUUAGUAUAAAAAGUGCAAUGGCUUGUAAGUUUAAUAAGAAUGUUGUAAAGGGUAAAUGUUUUCUGAUUAUAAUUCUGAAAUCUUAAGCUUUGGUAGUCUGAUCAAAUAGCAACUUAUCAGCUUUUAUUACCCUCAGCAGUAGAAAUGAGCAGAUUAUUGGCUUUGAAGCCUUGCACAGCAAUUUUUGGUUAGUAACCCAAAAGUGUGAACUAAGCAAUACAGUAUGAUAGAGAUGAUUCAUGACUUGUAGAGAAUGAAAAUGAAAGGUGUGCAUAAUUAAUUCUGUGUUAAAAUAAGCCACACACAACCACAAAAAGAAAUAAAUUAACAUCUUUUUACCUCCUCUCUCAUCUACCAUGUGCUAGGUUCACAAAUACCCAAAAGUGAUUAUGAAAACUAAGUUGAUUUUACAAUGAGCAAAUAUUACCUAGUUGUCAGAGUAAAGAAUGUGAGAACUUAGGCUCCUUAGAGGCAGAUCAAUAUAUAGAACAGUGGAAUUCAUUAUAUCAAAUCAGGUUAAUGUUGUUAUUGUAUUGCUACUUGCUGGAAUUAUUUGUGAAAGUAUUUUUGGUAUAAUGUAUUACAUUUUCCUUCUCUGCAAGGAGAAAAAAGAUACUUGUUACUGUGUCAAACCCAUUCUGUCCUGUUGUUUGAAACUUACAAUAUGGAAAUAAUUUGUGUUAAAUACAUAACUGUCAUUAAAUGCGAAAUUGGAAAAUAGUUUUAUAUAAAGCAUAGCAAUUGUGGAAACUCAAAUGAUCCGGUGGUAUCGGAUCUUACCAUAGGGCCAUUUGAAUGCGUUACAUGUCACUCUGUAACUUCUGAUGUGUGAGAUUGAUGAUGCUGUGCUUUUAUUAAAAUUAAAGGGUUUUUUU